UAUGGCACUCAUCUUUCUCUUCCUCAGCAAAACAUGAUACAUCAAACAAUGAUGGGAAUGUUAUUGCAGUUUCUUUAUGCAUUGUUUGGGGUACUUACUGCUGUUGUUCUUGUUCAAGCACAGGAUCAAUCAGGAUUCACUAGCAUUGAUUGUGGUCUACCUGAAGCUUCAAGCUAUAAUGAGAAGACCACAGGCAUAUUUUACAUUUCAGAUGCCAAAUUUAUAGAUGCUGGUGUAAGCAAGAGUAUUUCACCUGCACAGAAGAGUACUCAUCUACAACAGCUAGCAUAUGUGAGGAGUUUUCCUAGUGGGGAGAGAAACUGUUACAGAAUAAAUGUAACAAGUGGUACUAAGUAUUUGAUCAGAGCUACUUUCUUUUAUGGAAACUAUGAUGGUCUCAAUCAGCCCCCACAAUUUGAUCUUCAUCUUGGAGCUAAUAUAUGGGACACAGUGAACUUCCCCAAUGCUUCACUCAGUGAAAUCAGUGAGAUCAUUCACACUCCAUCACUAGAUUACAUACAACCAUGUCUGGUUAACACAGGCAAAGGGACUCCAUUCAUUUCAGCUAUAGAAUUGAGGACUUUGAACAAUGCUUUCUAUGUCACUGCCUCAGCUGAAUCAUUGGCAUACUAUCAGCGAUAUGAUUUAGGUUCCAUCACCAACUUAGGAUACAGGUACAACUAUGAUGUUUAUGACCGCAUCUGGGUGCCUCACGGAUUGAACCAGUGGACACAAUUAAGCAGCACACUCCAUCUUCUUGAUAUAUUCCAGAAUGAUUAUAAACUACCAGAAGUUGUCAUGAGCACUGCUGCUACACCAAUAAAUGCUAGUGCUCCUUUUCAGUUCUAUUGGGGUCCAGAUAAUGUGGAUGAUAAAUUCUACAUCUACAUGCACUUUAGUGAGGUUGAAAUUCUGGCAGAAAAUGAAACUAGAACAUUCAAUAUCUUCAUGAAUGGAAAGUUAUUCUAUGGACCUCUAACUCCUGGAUAUCUGACGACAAAUACCAUAUAUGCAAAAUCAGCUUUGACUGGAGCUACAAGGUACCUAUUUUCUCUUGCUAAGACAGGGACUUCUACUCUUCCACCCAUCAUUAAUGCCAUGGAGAUUUAUAAAGUGAUAGAUUUUCCACAAUCAGAAACUGAACAAGAUGAUGUUGAUGCUAUCACAAACAUUAAAAACGCUUAUGGGGUGAAUAGAAAUUGGCAAGGAGAUCCAUGUGGCCCAGUAGCAUACAUUUGGGAAGGUCUAAAUUGUAGUUAUGAUAACACCCCAAGAAUCACAUCCUUGAAUUUAUCUUCAAGUGGACUGACCGGGCAGAUAUCAUCUUUCAUCUCCGAGCUCACUAUGUUACAGUACUUGGAUUUAUCCAACAAUAGUUUAAGCGGGUCAUUACCUGAUUUUCUGACACAACUGCAAUCACUUAAAGUCUUAAACUUGGUAAAUAACAACCUUACUGGUCCAGUUCCUGGAGGACUUGUUGAAAGAUCAAAGGAAGGUUCACUAUCAUUGAGCCUGGGGCAAAAUCCAAAUCUAUGUGAAUCUGAUCCAUGCAUCCAGCAGUCAAAUAACAAGCAGCCAGAUGCUGCUAAUCAGAAUAAGAACAAAAAUAAUAUAGUUAUUCCGGCAGCAACAUCCGUUGCUGGAAUUUUGGUGCUCGUAAUAAUUGUAGUAACAGCUAUAAUCUGCGGCCUUAAAAGGAGAAAACCACAAGCAUCUGUGAACAUUGAUGUUCAGACCAAUACUCCAAGUGGAUCACAAUUUGCAUCGAAGCAACGGCAAUAUUCAUUCAAUGAGCUUGUUAAGAUCACCGAUGACUUUACCAGAAUUCUUGGUAGAGGUGCAUUUGGAAAAGUUUAUCACGGAAUUAUUGACGACACUCAAGUAGCUGUAAAGAUGCUUUCUCCAUCAGCAGUACGAGGAUAUGAACAAUUUCUAGCAGAGGUUAAACUUCUGAUGAGAGUUCAUCACAGAAAUCUGACUUCUCUUGUUGGGUAUUGCAAUGAAGAAAACAAUAUGGGGCUCAUCUAUGAAUAUAUGGCAAAUGGAAACUUGGAUGAAAUUCUUUCAGGAAAAAGUAGCAGGGCAAAGUUCUUGACAUGGGAAGACAGACUCCAAAUAGCACUGGAUGCAGCCCAAGGACUGGAAUAUCUGCAUAACGGUUGUAAGCCACCAAUAAUCCACAGAGAUGUGAAAUGUGCAAAUAUUUUAUUAAAUGAAAACUUCCAAGCAAAAUUGGCUGAUUUUGGGCUAUCCAAAAGCUUUCCCACAGAUGGGGGCUCUUAUAUGUCCACUGUUGUUGCUGGAACUCCCGGUUAUUUGGAUCCUGAGUACAGCAUAUCAAGCAGGUUGACAGAGAAAAGUGAUGUUUACAGCUUCGGAGUUGUUCUUUUGGAGAUGGUCACAGGUAAACCAGCUAUUGCAAAAACACCUGAGAAGACUCACAUAAGUCAGUGGGUUAAAUUCAUGCUUCCUAAUGGGGAUAUAAAGAAUAUUGCUGACUCAAGGUUACAAGAAGAUUUUGACACAAGCUCAGUCUGGAGAGUUGUUGAAAUAGGAAUGGCUUCUGUGUCCAUUAGUCCUGUCAAAAGACCAAGUAUGAGCAAUAUAGUGAACGAACUAAAGGAGUGUCUGACUACAGAAUUAGCUCGAAAAUAUAGUGGUCGUGACACUGAAAACAAUGACUCCAUUGAGUUGGUCACUCUGAAUUUCACAACUGAACUUGGUCCCCCAGCUAGGUAGCACCUUCCUGAUACCAAAAAAAAUAUUCCUUAAAGCUGUGGUGUGUUUCAAUUUCAGUUUGGUGUACCUGAAUGCUGAAUUGCAGUUUUGCAUAUUCAUUCUUGUAAUUUUUUUUUCUCAAUGGACUAAUGUUUCUUCUGUUUUAUUCUGAUGUUCUGUAACCAAGUAACUAUACCAUGAUUAUGCUAUAUGUAAGUCCAUAUGCUUUGCUGCUUUGAGUUUAGAAGUGAACCUGUUCAAGAGGAUAUCUGUUUGGGGAACUUGGAAAUUUUGUAUACAGUGUUCAUCCAUUUUCGCAUAUAUUAAGAAUAUCCAUGCGAAUGCAAAAGGACAUAUAUGUAAUAUAUCCAAUUUUCGCUAA